AUGUCAACUGUAGCGGUGGUGUGGGGAAGUUUGGAGAUUAUGAUGUUUGCAGGAAUCAUUUUUGGAUGGCAUAACAUCGUUUAUAUAUAUAAAGAUCAAGGCUACUUCAGUCACUUGUGUCCAGUCUCAAAUAUAACAGAAAAUGCUAUAAAAUCAAGAUCUGACUGUAAUGAACAAGAUGAACAAUUUAAUAUUAUAUUUUCGUUAUCCACCUUUAUCACUGGUAUUAUGUGUAUAUUUACUGGUGCUCUGUAUGAUAGGUUUGGUACCAGAAAAUACAUUUCGACAAAAUUCGAUUUAGGGGCGAAAGGUUCUAAAACAGUAUCAUUUAUAUUUUCAACUCAUUUUCCAGGGCAGCCAUACUUCUUGUAUCCAGGGUUUAUAUUUACAACUUAUGGUGGAUAUUUCUUGUUAAUCACAAACUUACAAAUAGCGGGGCUGGUACCUAACUAUCGCUCAAUGAUAAUGUCGGCGUACUGUGGUUCAUACGAUGUCAGUGCCACUAUGUUUCUUUUCUUUAAGCUUUCCUAUGAAAAUUAUGACAUCAGUCCAAAUACAUGUUUUAUCGUGAUGGCUGUUGUCUAUUGUGUUGUUUAUGGAUUUAGCACAUUCUGUAUUUUACCAAAAUCCAGAAUACCAAUGCCCAAGCCAAGUAAAUACCAAUUUCGACCUCAUGAACUGACAGAAGAGAAGACGACACUCGUAAAUGAGGAAGAUUCAAAGACAAAUGAAAACAUUGUUUCCAAUGGACACCCAUCUACCAUUCAAUCCACAACUCGUGUUCCCACAUUUAAAAAGGUGCUUCUGUCACCACUGUUUCUGUUUUUGGUGUUUUGGAUAAGUGUUCAUAGACUAAGGGGAUGGAUGUUUAUUGGUGUUUUUAAUCCUUGGAUGAGCCGAUUAGUUUGUGGUGAUAGAUCUAUAGUUAGUCAUUUUACAUCUUUCCUAUCGUCCACAAUGUUUAUCGGUAUAUUUUCUGCAGCAUUUAGUGGUUUUGUCAUGGAUCGAAAAAUAAAGAAGAAAUAUGAGAGUCGUAAAUUUGGUAGGAUCCAUGCAUCUAUAGCAUCAUUUCUAUUAAAUUGUAGUGUUGGAUUAUUGUUAUCUAUCUGCAUGACUAUACCAGUUGUAAAUCUUCAGUAUUUAACAUGUUUAUUGUUCACAUUACAUCGUUCCUUUUUGUAUGGUCCAAAUAGUGCCUUUAUAGCUAACGCAUUUCCAAUGGAACAUUUUGGGAAGUUAAUUGGUGUAACGUUAACAGUAUCUUCGUUAUUUGGGAUGUUACAAAACCCACUGUUUUUAUGGAUACAGGGACCAUUAGAUAAGGAUCCUUUAGUGGUGAACGUUAUAAUUUGUGUGAUGAUUUUAUUAACUUUUAUUCAUCCAACCUACAUCUGGUUUUACCUUAGAAAGAAAUUUUCAUCUCGACAGAAAGAAAAGAAUUGA